CGAAUUGAUACUUCUGUUCCUUUUCCUUUUGUAUUGCCGUGUGUGUGUUUUGAAUCAAACUUUUUUUUUUGUUUUGAGUUUUGUGAUUAAUUUUUUCUCGAAAAAUGGCACCACCAAAACCAAAAGCAUCACCAGCCAAAGCUGCUGCAGCAGGUGCUGGUAGCAAACAAAUGAAAAUGUCACGAAAUGCCCAGAAAUUAGUAUCGCAUCGUACUACUCGACAUUUAUGGUCGAAAUUGAAACGAACUGCUGCUAAGAAAAAAAUUUCUGCCGAUAAAGUAAUUCAAAAACGUCCGAAAUUUGUUGUCAAGAAAAUUGGUGGCGAAAAAAAUGGUGGUGAACGACGUGUUUUGCAAAAACGUACCAGCCGUUAUUAUCCAACUGAACCUGUAUUCAAAAAACGUCGUUCCGGACAUGUUACAUUCAAAUCGCAUAAACGAUCAUUGAAACCAGGUUUGGAACCAGGCCGUGUUUUAAUCGUAUUGGCUGGUCGUCAUCGUGGUAAACGUGUUGUUUUUCUUAAACAACUUGCUUCGGGUUUAUUAUUGGUUAAUGGGCCAUUUACGAUAAACAAAUGUCCAUUACGUCGUAUGCAUCAAAAAUUUGUUAUUGUUACAUCGACAAAAUUGGAUUUAUCCACUGUUCAAGUACCUGAACAUAUUAAUGAUCGAUAUUUUAAAGUAAAACGACAACAAAAAGAAAAGAAAUCGGCUGCUGGUGGUGGUGGUGAAAAUGUAUUUGCACAGGAAAAACAACAAUGGAAACCAGAUGAACAACGUAAAACUGAUCAAAAAGUUUUAGAUAAACAACUGUUGUCGGUUAUUCGUAAACAUUCAGAAAAGAAAUUGUUAAUGUCUUAUUUGGGUUCAUAUUUUCAAUUACGUAAUCGUAUGUAUCCACAUAAAAUGAAAUUUUAAAUUUUGAAAAGUGAA